AUGCUAUUUGAGAAGUUGGAAGUGUUAUGUGAACUGCUGGUGGAUUUCAACAACUUAAAGAGAAACACUAUUGAUCUUACUGAAGAAUUAGAGAAACAAGGUUGGGGGAACUACUUCAAGAGGCUCCAUGGUCCUGUAUACACAUUCCUUGUAAAGGAAUUCUUGAGAGGAGCUAAAGAAAGACUAGAGGUGCGUCUGGUGCAUGAAGCUAAAGAGAGGGCCAAGAAGGAAGCUGAAGAGAAGGCUAGGCAGGAAGCUAAGGAGAAGGCCGGGAAGAAAGCUGAGGAAAAAGCUGCCAAUGAAGCUGCUACUGCAGAAGCUAAAGCUAGCACUGAAGAAGCAACACACGUAGCUGCAGAGGAAGCUACAAAGACUACUGAAGUUGCUCUGACUCGAGUGUUUUUACAAGAUAUAUCUGAACAAGGAAAACUGAAUCAGUAUCUGAGAAAUAAGCAAAGCAAUCUAAGAAACUCUGGUAAGAAACUAUCUAACCCUGAAAACCCAUAUGAUAUAAAGAAAAUCUAA